CUUUCUCUCUCCCCCCAUCUCUCCCUCUCUCUCCCCCUUCUUCUCCUCUCCUUCCUCGCUCUAUCUCUGAUUGGCUUUCUUCAAAGAUAAUUGGAGGCAAAAUUUGAUAUGCUCAAUGUCAUGGACAGGAAUGAGGUUUCGCCGGCGUCUGCUGCCACCAUGAAAAAGAAGGCGGAGGGCGGCACUGGAUGCAGCCACAUCAGCGCAGCCAAGGCUGUCUCAUCCAAAUGCACGCGGAGCAACAGCGGGCAGAACUGUCUGGACCCUGGCUCUCCCGGGGCAGCGAGCGCUAACCUGUCCGGUGUGCCCAGCAACGUCGUGAUGGACGAGACCGAGGACGGAGAAGAGGAGUCCAAGUUUCAGCAUCCGCGGUUGCGCCGAGCUGGGGGGAGCGGCAGCGGCGGAGGCGGAGGAGGAGGCGGCAGUAUCAGGAUGAAGAACUUUACGCCAGGAGGGGGAGCCUCGUCCUUGGCUUCCAGGAGAAACUCCAACAAGGAACCCUGCCUUACGCACACAGAGGACGCUCCUGCCGCCCCACGGCCCACUGCUGCCUCCAGAGCUACCGAGACACCCUCUCCGGGCGAUGCUGCCCAACGCGGCGAGACCUGCAGAGCUUCUGGGGUGGAGGCGUCGGAAUCAGCGGUCGCGGUAGAGGUUUUAAACGCGACAGCGGGUGAUGGUUGCAACGGCGUCGCUCCAAUUUCCAGCAUGAAAUGCAACAAAAACGGAGAAUGCAGGAGGGACUCGGGUACCGGGAGCCUGCGCUCAAUCAUCUCCAAGACGGAGAAGCAGACCGGGGGAUCGGGGAGAGCCGAGGACGGGGGGAGCGCCAAGCGAGGAGCCUGUAACUCGACCACCGCCAGCAUGGACGGCUCGAUCACGCCAGGCGGGUCCCUGACCGGGGGGCACGGAGGAGAAAGCGCAAACCCCGUGUCCAGCGGAGUCCCCGAGAAAAAGGACUCCAAGGUGUCCUUCUCUAACGCACCAAGCCGGAAAGCCUCGUCCUCGCUACACGGCCCGGCUCAGACUCAGACCCAGCAGCCGAGGAACUCUGUCACUUUCCAGAAGCCGGAGGAUGGCCCGGCAAUUGUGCCCGCCGAAGAUGCAGAACCUCGGGGAAGCCAAGCCAGCUUCAUGCAGCGGCAGUUUAGCAGUAUGCUGCAGCCUGGAGUUAACAAAUUCUCCUUGCGCAUGUAUGGUAGUCAAAAAGCAGUGGAGAGAGAGCAGGAGAGGGUAAAAUCAGCUGGAAAUUGGAUUAUCCACCCUUACAGCGAUUUCAGGUUCUACUGGGAUUUUACAAUGCUGCUUUUCAUGGUGGGCAAUCUGAUCAUCAUCCCCGUGGGCAUCACCUUCUUCAAGGACGAGACCACGACACCCUGGAUCAUCUUCAACGUGGUGUCCGAUACCUUCUUCCUCAUGGACCUUGUGCUUAAUUUUCGCACUGGAAUCAUCAUCGAGGACAACUCAGACAUCAUUUUGGACCCUAAAACCAUUAAGAAGAAGUACUUAAAAACUUGGUUCAUUGUAGACUUUAUCUCCUCCAUCCCAGUGGAUUACAUAUUCCUUAUAGUAGAGAAGGGGAUCGACUCAGAGGUGUACAAGACUGCUCGGGCCCUGAGGAUCGUCCGCUUUACCAAGAUCCUGAGUCUCCUGAGGCUGUUGAGGCUCUCCAGAUUAAUACGCUACAUCCACCAAUGGGAAGAGAUCUUUCAUAUGACCUAUGACCUAGCCAGCGCGGUGAUGCGGAUCUUUAACCUGAUCGGUAUGAUGCUGUUGUUGUGUCACUGGGAUGGCUGCCUACAGUUCCUGGUCCCCAUGCUGCAGGAGUUCCCAUCGGACUGCUGGGUGUCCCUCAACAAGAUGGAGAACGACACCUGGUCAGAGCUGUACUCCUUUGCUGUUUUCAAAGCAAUGAGCCACAUGCUGUGCAUUGGUUAUGGCCGCCAAGCCCCAGAGAGUCUAUCAGAUAUCUGGCUCACUAUGUUGAGUAUGAUUGUAGGAGCUACAUGCUAUGCUGUUUUUAUUGGCCAUGCAACAGCUCUCAUCCAGUCCCUGGACUCCUCCAGACGGCAAUAUCAGGAAAAGUACAAACAAGUGGAGCAGUACAUGUCCUUCCACAAACUGCCUGCUGACUUCCGACAAAAAAUCCACGAUUACUACGAGCACAGAUACCAGGGCAAGAUGUUUGAUGAGGAGAGCAUCCUGGGAGAACUCAGUGAGCCCCUGAGAGAAGAAAUUGUGAACUUCAACUGUCGCAAGCUGGUGGCGUCAAUGCCGCUGUUUGCCAACGCAGAGCCAAACUUUGUGACCGCCAUGUUGACUAAGCUACGUUUUGAGGUAUUCCAGCCACAAGAUUACAUCAUUCGGGAGGGCACUAUUGGCAAGAAAAUGUAUUUUAUCCAGCAUGGAGUCUGCAGCGUCAUCACCAAGGGAACGCUUGCAAUGAAACUCUCUGAUGGCUCUUAUUUUGGAGAGAUCUGCUUAUUGACGAGGGGUCGUCGAACAGCCAGCGUGCGAGCGGAGACUUACUGUCGACUUUACUCUCUGUCUGUUGACCACUUCAAUGAAGUGCUGGAAGAAUACCCCAUGAUGAGAAGAGCCUUUGAGACUGUUGCCAUUGAUCGUCUAGACCGCAUAGGUAAAAAGAACUCCAUCCUGAUGCACAAGGUGCAGCAUGAUCUCAACUCUGGUGUCUUCAACAACCGGGAGAAUGAGAUGAUUCAGGAGAUUGUCAAGUAUGACCGUGAGAUGGUAAAAUUAGUAGACCUGCAGCGGCCACGGGCCAUGUCUAUGACCCCUUCGCUUGGCGGCAUCUUUGCCCCUCCGGGUCAGCAGCAGACAGGCUCUGCUAUCGCCACCCUCCAGCAAGCUGUGGCCAUGAGCUUUUGCCCUCAGAUGGCAAGUCCUUUGGUGGGUCCAGGGACUCUGCAGUCUCCACGCAUGGUGCGAAGGUUUCAGGUGAUGCAGAAUCUCUCCAGUCCAGUCUCCAUGUCUCCUCUGCAGUCUCAGCCCCCUCUGACGCUCGGAGGGGCAUUUGGAUCGGCAAUUUCGAGUCCCCCAGUCCAAAGCCCGCUUGCAGCUUCAGGACGGACUUUCCAGCACAUUGCAAGCGUGGGACCCUCUGGGUCCCAGCUGUCCCUAGUACAGCAUCAUGCACCAAGCCCCACACAGACCCAGCAGAGGCCUGCCUCACACAAGAGCACCCACUCCCUGCAUAUGGGGAGCUUGAGUCAGGACACCCGUGCCCUGUCGGCCUCCCAGCCUUCACUCCCCCAGGAAGGAACACCGCAAGCUGCCUCUGCAGCCCCUAGCCCCCCGCCCUCCACUCGCACCUCCAACACCUCCAUCGGACCUCCGCAGCCCCCUCACUCCAGCAUGCCAGGGCCCUCAGGGGUGGGGAGAUCAUCGGGAGCCCAACAGAGGGUGGCAUUUGCCUCCACACCUCCUCCCACUGGACCUGCUGGAAUGGGGGCAGUAGCAGCAGCUGCUGGAUCAGGACCUCCAGACUCUGGAGCUCCCAAGAAAGAUUCAAUUGUCAGCCUUCCAGAGCUAGACUCUGCCAGAUCCCGGCUGUCUUCCAACUUGUGACCCUGGUAGAGUUCGAGAAAGAGGCCUUUUUUGUAGGAGAAUCCAUUCGGUUUAGGUCAGUCUGGCUGAUCUGUCAGCUUGCUGAAUGACCAAUCAGCUACCGCCAGCGCCACCAGUUAUUGGACCUGGAUGCACUGUGUGCUGGUGCCAGCUGAAGGAAAAGAGCUACUCAAAGUCUUGAGACACUUUGGCCAGGAGGAGUCUAUACAAUUAAGCUAGUAUAACUUAAGGUUGAACUGGUCUAGUCUACUGUGCCAGCACCUUUAGUCUUAGUAUCACCCCUUUCACUCUGCUUCCAAACACCUACUGUAUAUCGCUGUCUUUUCUGUAAAGAUAUGAAGAAAAGUAUGAUUGAUGUAACUAUUGCAUACUGUGUAGAAUCCAUGCAAUGCAAUCUAGCAGGAGCUGGACUUAAACUGAAAAUCAGGGACUUGAGGUCAAAUGACAAUGACAUUUUAAGCGUCCAAAAGUGUUUUGAGUGUAACUUUUCUGUAUAAGCUGUCGUAGCAAAAGAACACAUUGCUCUUCAUAUUGUUUCAAAUAGUAAUGGAAAUAGUGUUUUAGACCGCUGGUCGAUCUUACAUCGAUGUGUAAAUAGUUGAUGAAAAAAGUACGGAAGGAUAUUAUAUUCAUCGUAUCUACCCAAACCAAAGUUGAGCUUGAACACCAAGUCUGGUUGUGUCUGUAUCAACUAAAAAAAAAAAAAAAAAAAAAAAGAAAAAAAAAAAAAAGAAACAUCGACGAAAAUGCCAUUUAUUUAACUGCCUUGAUUCAACAUUAGAAGCCAUAUAUUUGGUUUGUGUGUAUGUAUACAUGUGGGUGUAAGUGUGUGCGCGUGAGUUUGUUGAUAUGUUUUGGUUCUACUUUCAGAGAAUGGACUCACACUCUACACUGCACGGUUGGUUUGACAUGCCGAUGGUGGUGCUGACCUGCUUUCGUCAAACACCUCUGAUGCCGGUCGGGUUACAAUCAGCCGCCCACCAAAGCCGGUUUGGUGGGUGGCUGAUUGUAACCCUGAAGGCAAAGGUGGUUAAAAUAUCUGAGCUUUACUCGAAGGAAACAUUUGUGAACAACCCAUACUGUAUACUUGCUUGUUUCUGUCUAGGUUUAUUGAUUAACACAUGCAAUAUAAUUCUGCAAUACUCUACCCCGCCUAUAUAUAUAAAUAUAUAUGAAUAUAAAUAUCUAUACAUAUGCUGUACAGGAAAGUGAACUUCUUUCUUUUUCAUAUUGUUUUGUUUUUAAUGUGAAAUCUUAAAGAAUCCAGCAGCUAUUGUGGCUUCACUUGAGGUAUUGUAAUCCAGUGACCAUGUUGUUACCUUAACCAAAAAUGCUUGAGAGAAUGAAAGGACUUGUAGUGUAACUCUUAUUUUGUUUUGUUUUGUUAACACUUGAGAGGAACAAACUGUUUAAUUCUGGUUUCACGUCACAGGAAGAAUCCACGCUUUGAGUUCAGCAGGUCAGAACCUUAAAAAGAAGAAAAAAAAUCAGUUUAGCUAAACUAAUUCUCUCUAAUGUUCAAUUGUGAGAUAAAUGGGGGUUGAGGGUAGGCAAUAUGAGGGCAUAAAAUGCCUCACAUGUAAAGAAAAAGACAAGAAAAAAAGAGAAAAAAAAACGUACUUGCUCUAUAGCAAACUCUUUAUGUGUCCCAUUUCAUCCAAAACUCCCAUGAAUGUCUCAACAUUUAGGGUUGAGGCUUGGAUAGCUGGUUAUAUUUACUCAAAAUACUCUGAUCCUGUUGAACCUGAAAUACUUCUCUUGCUGAAUGUACGCCAUACGAGAAGGAAGACAGCUAAUCAGAUAUAAACUGCCAUGUAAAUAAAGGGACAGUGAUUUAAAGAGGCUUUUAUGAUGCAAGGGGGGGUUGUGGGCAUUGCUGUAUGUGUUGCUGAGUGUCCGUGUGAUCUUUUUUUUUUUAUGGUUUAAUGAUGCUUCUCUGGGUUGAACAUUGCUAUAUUUAACCUGUACCAGAUCUACCACAAGAGGAUCUUUCUUCUUCUUCUUCUUCUUUCUAUUAGUUUAUUUACUGAAGUGGGCGUGAACAAGAGUGAGUCAUAACAACUUUGAUCUCCUUGGUCCAAAGUGAGCACUGAGGACGUCCAAUUAAGCACCUUGUGUUGCACUACGACCUUGUAAUCAAAAUGAAAAAUCGAUGCUCCAUUCUCUUAAAAUGGUUGCAGUACUUCUCUCGGAUCCAUUAUCUGGUUAAACUGUAAGGAAGGAAAGUGAAUCCAAUUGGGUUAGAAAAUAGGCAGCUGAUUCAUUGUGUUAGACAAAUACCAUGUCCACCUUUUUCAGCUCUGAACAUCGACAGAGUCUAAUUGUAAAAUCGAUGCGAUGGACAUUUCACUCAGGUUUGCUACCUUUCCAGAGAGAUGUAUUGAUUGCCGCAGCGUGGCUUUCCAUUGAUUUAUGUAGACUUGUCUAUCCUCCCAUCAUCCACUUGUUGAUUUAACCGUGCUGAAAGGUUCCCCUUGAAAUCUGAUUGGCUCAGAUAAAUAUGGAGGAUCUACUGAAGUCGUAACCCUGAGAUUGUUAUUAGCGUAACACUCUGCCCGUUUGGUUGUGAUCACUUAUCCUGCGAGCUGUUUGAAACAAGGCGUAGGUGAUUGUUUUUAUCCAAGGGCUUCAUUAUAUGGCUUGUAAAUCCUGGCUCAUUGUUACUGUAGAGCAGCCACAUGUUCUCUUAUCUGUUUAAUUGAUAACAUGCACUAAACCUCGUUGUUUGUCAUACCUUGGUUACAAAGCUGUGACCCUCCUUCAUCAGCAACACUCUUUUUGUAUUGCUUUUUUUUUCCUAUGGGAAAGGUACAUGCCAAAAUGCCAAUAUGAUUGUGAAUGAAGUCCAUUUGAGUCAAUGGCUGUUGUGCGCUUCAGUACUGUUCCAGUGCAAUCAAUUGGUCCUCUUCCCCAAUCCUUUGUGCUAAUACCAGAGUUUGCCCUAUUAAGCUGCUAUCAGGACUGUGCUGAUAUUAUUUGAAUGAGACCACAGUCAGUGAGAGCAAGAUGGAAGGAGAGUUAAAGAGCUAACGUUUCAGGCAAUAUCAGGCGCCGUCUCUGUUUCAUUGCAUCCAACCGGUAGGAUAUGUGUGUAACUCACUCCCACUCAAAGGAUGGCGUCCCAGACACUUUGAUCAGUACCGCUCUGUUUGAACCCUCGGCCAUGAGGCGGAUACAGCCCUGGCCAAGCACAUACUUCUGUCAGUUAUCUGUCUAGUGUUCAGUCUGCUGGCUUAAAGCCACCGUCGGCAUGUUGUGUGAGUGUAUGUGUGUGUGAUGUGGCGCUGUAUUUGCCUGAUGACGGGGGGUUCAAAGUGUGAUUUUUUUAAUGGUUCUUCUACUGGGCCUUGCUAUUUAGUGGGAUUGAAAGCCCUCAUACAUGUUUGACACUGACUGACAAUUAUUGAGAAUCCCUGAGUUUCAAACCUCUCAUUCUUGCUGUACCAGUUGUUAAGGGUACCGAAUGCCUUGGUGUUGACAUGUUAGCAAAUCAGGGUAUUGUUUUUAUUUGUAAAACUGUCUUUGAGUUAUCAGUCUCUUUUGUUCGGUUGUUGUUUUGCAGUUUGUUUUUACAAUGUGCCCCAUGCACACGGACUGUAUAUACCUUGUGCCUAGUACAUCUAGUUUCCACAUAGUCUAUUUUUGUGGUUUGUAUGUGCCUGUAAAAAUGCAAAUCUGUGUUCUUAUUUUCAACUUGCAAUAUAUGUAAAAAACAAACAAACAAAAAAAAACAUUAGAAGAGGAUUAGUAUUGCUGAAUUACGAUGACAAUGUCAGUAUAUACAAUUUUCCCAGAUACGGGAAACACAAAAUUGCACAUUUUUGUUGGUUUGAGCCUUCCAACACCAUGCGCGCUGUACUCUGUACUCUCAUGUUCUGUACAUAUGGUAUACACAGAGAUGUGGGGCACAUUGUUGUGUUUUUACCACAGCCUGCUGUAUAAGAUACAUUUUUUUUACAGUGAGAGGGUGAGCUCUGACAGGCUUCUGGUGGAUAUCGGCAGUCUAGACGUUAGCUUAGAUGAUCCGCUCACUGCAAAGAGCCAAAAACGACAGAAAGUAAUAAACAAACUGUGGAGAUGCUUGCACAAUAUCAAUACAGUAACAGAAGUUGGCUGUGCACGUGCUGGAAACAACGUUCUUAAAACAUAUUGUUGCACAGCUAUUUACACUCUGAUGCUGGUUGCACACUGAUCAAGUCUUUGCCAUUUAAGAAAAGCUCUCUCUUAGGCUGAAUUCGACUCAUGAGCAGUCAUGAGCUUGACCUACCAUACCUUGGCAGAUAAUAGCAGAGUGCAUGUUUGUAUUUUUCUUAUCUAAGCAGAGUUCUGUGUACAAUUCUUAGUGGGACCUUCAAAUCUAGACAUUGUUGUGUACCAAACUACUGUACAAUGAUUUUAUUUAGUCUAACAGUUAAACUUUUGUGUCGUAGCUACUGUAGCCUGCUUAGCUUACCUAAGCCUUCUCUCUGCUUCAGGACUCUGUGUGCUUGAGUUUGUGUGUGCGUGUGUGUGUUCCUGUGCCUUUCCUUCUAUAAUGUUGGUCCCACUUGAGAAUAUGAUGCCAUUUAGGGGGUUUUAAAAACCCACAUGAAGCCGAGAGAGAUGUGUGUUAAAUGGUCACAACUACAUUUGUUCUACAGAAGAGGAAAAAAAAAUUAAAAAAAUGAAAGAAACCACUGUAAUGCUCCAAGAAAUCACUCUAGCACAUCCCUAGACUUAGUAGCAUUCCACAGCCUGCACGAAUAGCUCAGUGUGGGCAUCCAGACACACUUUACCAGCACCAUGUAGACGACAGCACAGAUAUCUGACACAGCAUGUGUUCUCUCUCUCUCUGGAGGCCAGUCUGCAACCAUCUCAGGCUGUGCUCUGCUUCUGCUCUUAACAGAACGGUUUAAGUAUUUUGAAACUCCAGCUCUGUCUAAGUUGAUGUCUACAACCCAGGACAACUCAGCUCCCAGCCCAAGCUGCAGUGCUACCAAAUCAGUGUCAAAGGAUUUCGAUGGAUACUUGGCAUGCUUGUAAUAUUUGCCUGCAUCCAGUCCUUGCGGACCGAGAUGCUGGUGGCGAGGGCAUGGGGCUGAUUUGAACCUGUUUCUGAAAAGGCUGUCUUGUCCACCACCUCUGCUGGCCAAGAACACAGAGCCACACCCUGGUGUCUCUCAAUAAGCUGGUCUGUCAGUCAGUGGCAAUGUUGUUUAAGCAUUCGUAAACAGACAAUACAUUGUUGUGCAAUAAAAAGAUGAGCGCAUUGGCAUACUUA